AUGGGCGCGUGCGUGUCCAAACACCCCUCCCCUACAUACAUCUACUACACCAGCGAAAAUGCUCCUUCGGGGACGACGCCUUCGACGAAUACUAAUGAUAUUAACGCGAACGAUCAGCAUCAGGAAGAGAUCGAACGAGAGAUCGAAUUCGCGCAAAAAGAAGAGGAGGAGUUCGUUUUGGUGAGAACGAAGACGAAGGAAGAGGUUGAUGAGCUGGUGAAAGAAGCAAUGGCACUCGGAGAGAAAGGUUUAUGUGUUCCUCUUUCUGAUGAUGACGAUGAUGAUCAUGCCGAGAUGGCUUUGAGAGGAGGAGGAUUAGGAGGAACGAGGAAGGAGGAGGAGGCAGAGGAGGAACACCGCCCGUCGAAAGCGCGAGGAGGAGAAUACGUGUCCAUGUCCUCGUCUUCUCCGGCGUCGGGAGCGACGAGGAGUAGCGGAGAUAAUGAUUCUAGGCAUCAUCAUCACGGUGGUCACCAAAAUCAUCAGCAGCAAUAUCAACAACAACAUCAAAGAACGACGACUGGCGGUGGGACGACGACGAGCGGGUUGAACUUGCGAGAACGGAAACAGAGAAGUCCGAGGGCGAACAGUCCGAACCCGCCGAGGUCUUUUAGCAGCAGUAGUAAUAGCAAUAGUCAAAACGCGACCACGGGUGGUGGUCAGUCUCAACAACAUCAACAUCAUCAUCAUCAUCAGCCGGCGAGAAGGCAAAAUUCGUUCAGUAGGCUCUCGCCGCAUCCCAGUCCGAGGCAAACGACGCAGGCGACGACGCCGACUGGGCAGUACGUGAACGCAAAUCACAGCACGAAACAUAAGAGGAUAUCUAGCCGAGGUUCCUGGCACGACGGUCUGAGUAACUUUUCGGACGAAAACGGCAUGCGUUCGUUCUUCGGCGCGCCGGUGAGCUCUGGACCGCCGAAAAAAUGGACCAUCGGCGAUACUUUAGGCGAAGGAAGUUACGGAAAGGUGAAUUUAGCGUUGAACGGCGAGACAGGGGAGUUGAUCGCGUUGAAGGAGGUGAAAAUUGCCGGGUGUGAUACCGCCGGCGGUGGCGGCGCAAACAACAACAACAACAAAGAUUUUAUCGAGACGCAAAACAGAGACGAAAAACUCACUUCCACUCGCUCCUCCUUAGACGAGAGCGGUUUACUUACCCCGACGGUCCAAGACUCGCGCGUCCGCGAAUCUAUCGUUCAACUCGAACAAGAAGUGCACAUGCUUUCGCAACUGACUCACCCGAACAUUGUUCGAUACAUUGGCAUUAAGCGGCGAAAAGACAUCUUGAACGUCUUCAUGGAAUACGUUCCAGGUGGGUCCAUAGCCUCGCUACUUCAAAGAUUCGGUCCUCUCGGCGAUAACGUGACGCGAGUGUACACUCGUCAAAUCUUGUUCGGUUUAGAUUACCUCCACUCGCAACGCGUGGUGCACCGAGACAUCAAAGGCGCGAAUAUUUUAGUUGAAAAAUCCGGUCGCAUCAAACUGGCGGAUUUUGGCAUGGCGAAAAUGUUGGAGUUUGUCGACGUCGAACGGAAUAGUUACGCCAAGAAAGCAGUCAAAGGGAGCGCGUAUUGGAUGGCCCCAGAAGUUAUACGGAAAUCGGAAGUGACGUUAGGAUGCGACGUGUGGUCGGUGGGAUGCACGGUCAUCGAAAUGGCCUCGGCGAAGCCGCCUUGGUGCGAGUGUUCGACACAAGUGCAAGCGAUGUUUAAAAUCGCGUCGAGCACUGCAUUACCGACGUUACCGGAGAAGAACUUGUCCGCGGAUGCAAAGGCGUUCAUUUUGAACUGUUUGAAGAGGAACGUGGAAGAGAGACCGGACGUGGAGACGUUAUUGAUGGACCCGUUUGUGGACGAUUCCUUGAACGAGAAGAUGUGUCGAGCGCCGGCGUUGAAGUACGAGCAGCACGACGGAUCGUACUCAAACUUUCCAGACAAUCAGUCCUUGGUCUCCUCGCAAGUGUCGUUGGAUGAUCCGUCGGAAGAAACAGACGUAGAAGACGACGACGACGACGACGACGACGACGACGACGAUAGCAACUACGGCGGCGACGAUACUGACCUCGACGAAUCUUCGUUGCAGAUUGGCGGGAACGUUACCACGGCGUUUCAGCUCUCUCAAUCACCGAGUAACAACGAAGGUCUUACCGAUCCAUCCGUUUUAGGCGCUCGAAGAAACAUCGCGCUGAAACCGUUGGUAGUGAACAGCACUCGAUCGAGGAACGAAAAGACCGGUUCGAGAACCGGGAGUAGCAGCGCCGCGCAGACGUCUAAAAACAACAGCAACACCAGUCAAUGA